AUCACAUCUCACCCAAAAGGCCAGAUAACGCUGUUUAGUGUUCCUCAUUUAGAAAGCAUCAGUUGCUAUUAAAACAUCGUGUUGAAAGCUUGUGAAAAGUUAGUGCAAUAAAAUGGAAACUGCUGGGGAUAAGUAUGUGCUUUACGGGGGUGAAGUACGUGAAAAUUUGACAAAGAGAUAUAAAUCUCUUGGUGAAUUGUAUGCUGAGAAAUUGCAAGAUAGCAAAAAUGAAGCUGAAAUUAUUGAUGCAAAAUCGGGUGAAAGACUCUCCAGGGACUACUUGAGAGAAGCUUCUGAGCAUUUGACUGAAUUCCUGAGACGCAAAGGAAUAAAAUCAGGCGAUGUUAUGGCAAUCUUGAGCGAGAAUCGUCUGCAAUUCCCAAUUGUGCUCUUUGCUGCAAUUUUCUCGGGAGCUCCAUUGAGCGUAUUGAGUCCUUAUUAUACAGAAUAUGAAAUCCAAUUUGCUCUAGAGAUAGUUCAACCAAAAGUUAUUUUCUUCACAGCAAAAGUUUCAGAGAAAAUUAAGAUUGUCCUGAAGAGAAUGAACAUCGAGAGUAUUCUAAUUUUCCUCAAUGAUGAAGACUUGAAAUCCAAGGAAUUUAUCAAUUACAGUGAGAUAUUGCAGGAUGAGACAUUUAAGCCAAAAUCUGGAUUUAAAGUGGCAGAAACAGAUAAGGAGAAAGAUGUUGCCUUUAUCCUGCAGUCUUCCGGAACAACAGGACUCCCAAAAUCUGUUCAAAUGACGCAUAAAAAUGUUUUAGCUGGGAUGUCCAGCACAAUGGAUAUUUUCAAGGAUUUCCACGAACAUAAGGAUAUUGUUCUAACUGUUGCACCCUGGGUGCACAACUUUGGCUUGCUGACGAUGCUGCGUUUAAUAGCAUCUGGGACAAAGAUGAUCUCACUCCAACGUUUUGAGGAGGAUUUCUACUUAAAAACAAUUGAGCGUUACAGGGCUUCCGUGUUAUUUGUAGCACCUCCCGUGAUGGUGUUCCUUAGCAAAUCCCCCAUCCUGGACAGGUACAAUUUGCAGACUCUGAGAGUCAUUUAUUCAGGAGCAGCUCCACUCAGCAAGGAAACUGUUGAGGGGAUCUUUAGGCGUCUGCCAAGUUUGGAAACAAUAUGCAAUGGUUAUGGGAUGACGGAAACUACAAUUGGUGCCCUCUUUGCCACUUUCUUCUCCAAAAAGGCAAACACCAAUGGAGUCCUCUGGAAGGGAUUGUCAGCUAAGAUCAUUGACGCAGAGACUGGCAGAGCUCUGCCACCAAACAUCCCCGGGGAAUUAUGUAUCAAAGGGGAUCAGAUAAUGAUUGGGUACAAGGGAAAUGAGGAAGCUACCAAAGCCGCUGUAGAUCGGGAUGGUUGGCUCCACACGGGGGAUAUUGCGUAUUACAAAGGCAACGAGAUAUUUUUAAUGGGGAGAUCAAAAGAACUUAUAAAGUACAAGGGUUUCCAAGUGUCCCCGUCUGAGUUGGAGGCCAUAAUUGUAGGUCAUCCUAAAGUCAGGGAUGUGGCAGUUAUUGGGAUUCCGGAUGAGGUGGCAGGGGAAUUACCCAUGGCGUUAGUGGUAAGGAAGCCUCAGGCUUCAGUGCAUGAAGAGGAACUUCAGGACUUUGUUAAUAGCAGAGUUUCAGGGACCAAAAAGCUCAGGGGAGGGAUUAGGUUCGUAGAUGAAAUCCCAAAGAACGUCAAUGGGAAGAUUAUGAGGGAUUUCCUGAGGAAGAAAUACGGAAGUAUUCAAAAAUCUAAACUUUAGGGAAUUGAAAAAAAAGACUCAUCCCUUUUAAAUUUUUAUUUGAAUGCCAUUUUAAGGAUUAGUGUUUAUUUUAAAUUUUGUUUUAAUAAAUUCAGUUAAGUACUAUUAUUCGCCAGAAUUGCGAAAUUGUUAUUUCGUGUACCCUCACUGCUACACCGCAGACAUUUUUUAAAAACAACUUUCAAGAGUAAUACAGGCUUCAGACCUAGAACUUAGCCAUAUAGCUUAACUCCUCUAAAUUAUUGUCAAUCUAGAUUUUUUUUAAAGCAUAGAAUUGCAUUAUUAAGGACAAGUGGUUUAUUAGAUUCUGAAAAAGCAAUAAAAUUGGUUGAUAUUUAGGAUAUUGAGAUAUUUAGGAACUGGGCUAAACCUCUAGUCUGAAAACCAUUUAAGAUAAAUUCCUUAAAAUAAAGAACAGGAGUAUUGUAAAAUCCAUUUACGAUUUAAGUACCAUUUGUAUUGCUUGUUAUUCGGGUACUGGGAUAAUACGGGCUUCAGACCUAAGGCUUAGUCAUUGUUUAUAUUGACUUAUAUAGUUUAUUUUAAAAAAUCACUGUAAGUCCGUGUCAUUUAGAAAAUCCAGACUACCGGGAACUGGGCUAAACCUUUAGUCUAAAACCUGUUUAGGACCUAUUCAAAAGCAGGCAUUAAUUUCAAAAUUAUUUGAAGUGAUAGGGAGCUUAAACAGUAAGAUAUCAAAUUCCGGUCUUCGAGAGCUAUCACUCCCCUCCCCACCCCUGUAAUUGAAUUAUUGUCUUGACCCGUUUGUUCCCCUACCCCCAACUUUCCUUGGAUAUGUUCAAUUCAAUUCAAUUUAUUUCUAUACACUUAAUCCCGGUAUUAUGUACAUUUUAGGGACCGAAAAAAGACGCGCGAAAUGGCAUUACGCAUCGAGAAAAAUUUGCAUACCCGCAGGGGCUUUCUUUUGAUUAAAUCGAUCGUAGAACGAAUUUCGCACGUAGUGAAAGUUGUUCAAACAAAAGGAUUCUACUGUAUAUUUUGGCCAGACUUCUUCAAUAAAUGGUUAUUUGAAGUCUUUCUAAAUUAAAAAAAAAAAAUUACCUUAACAAAAGAAAUUAAAGUUUUAUUCUGAAAAAGUAGCAAAAUAUUUUCAAAUUUCCCGCGCCACAAAAUAGUAUGCAUUCAGGCGUAUUUCAAAAAUGAUAUCAUAAAUUGACUCCCAAUGCUAGGCAAACUUGCAUAAUUGUAUGUGCAUAUUUCCGUCAGGUGCAUAAUCCCGAAGGACUUAAUGCCGAAACUGAGUGUAUAUGUUUAGAAAGUAACCCAGAUGAACAUUUCAGUCCAAUACACCAAUGACCGAAAAUAUUUUUGACAUCGAAUUUUCGAAAAUCGAAGUGGCUGGGGUUCCAUUAUUCGACCGAUUUGCUUAAAUUUGGAUUUCUGCGAAAGGUCUUGAAUCGGUUGCAUCACUUGUAAUCGGUAAUAAA